AUGGUGUUACCUUGCUCCCUGAGGCUCCUGUCUGUAUGCCUUCUGUCUUGGUGUUGUGAUGCCCAUUCACUUGUGGCUCUGGACCCUGAGUCAGAAUCAGGCCUGCAACCUCUGAUGAUCUGGACCGAUUUUGAGAUCACUCUAUUCGCGAUUUCCAUGAAAACCUCUAAUGAAACACCAAAAUCUGGAACUUUUGGCCAGUCUCUAAAGGAUGGGAAGAAUAAGAUGAAGAAUGUGGAGAAAGAAGUCCUGGAUGCUUGUUCCCAACUGUGUCAGAGUCUUGCUCAGAAUCCUAAAUUGCAGCAUGGCUACAAUGUUGUUGCAUACAUUAAGGAACACCAGCUCCUGUAA